AUGGGUUCUAAAGACUAUAAUAAUUCUUGGCUUGAUGUUGAUGAGAACAGGUUUGCUGAAACUAAAAGAUACAUGGAUUUCAUCAGUCCUGGUUCUCAAGCCAAAGAAGGAUCUUUCUUUGGACUGGAAUCUGCACUAGCAGGUUUAGAACCCGGAUACCCUGGAGGUCCCUUGUUGAACCCUCUUGGUCUGGCCAAAGAUAUUAAAAACGCUCAUGACUGGAAGCUGAAAGAGAUAAAAAAUGGACGGCUAGCGAUGGUAGCAAUGCUCGGGAUCUUUGUGCAAGCUUACAUGACACAUGCAGGUCCAAUUGAUAACCUUGUGGAGCACCUGGCAUAA